AUGCUCCAGUGCCUGGAAGAACAAGAUGGCCUUAUGGGAUCUGGUAAUAUUGGCCUUUCUACCUGGAUAUAUAACAUGUCACUAACAUGGUCUUGUUCAGACCAACAUAUUUGCCCCGACCCCGACUCAACUGCAAUGGCCUGCAAGACAGUCUAUCAUACCCUUGGGAUUUACCACCCAGUUCAACCCAUGAUCAAUGCAUUUGAGGGCGAGAAAAACUAUUUCACUUAUUAUGGCGAACGAGACCCCAGCGUCAGUAGCAAUGCACACAGCAAUUCGGAGUAUUAUGCCACAUUGGCAGUUACCCAGGCCUUGACGGACUACCUCGUCGCAUUGAGCGAUGAACGAGUGGAGGUCGUGUCGGAAAGACUUCUCAAGGCUCAGAUUCCUCUGACAAUUUUCCAAGCGGUGGUCCGCGUCCUUCUUCGUCAGAAUGCGGAUGGGUCUUGGGGCUCAACAAGCAUCCGUGAGAAUACAGCCCAUGCAGUCAUCAUCCUAAAGACAACUUGGUCUCUUCCUUUUGUAUCUGAGACCCUGCGUCAGUCGAUUGGCCAAGCUGUCCGAAAAGGUCAAGCCUUCAUACUUGUCAGCCUAGAUGAGGAAUUCAAUGACUACAGCUGGAAUGGAAAAUGUUUUUAUGGCCUGUUGUCCAUUUCUCGGGCUGCAGCUUUGAGUGCAAUAUGGGAUGCGCAACCAACAAGGAGAUAUUCUCAGAAAGUCGAAGCACUAUAUCAGCUUGACUCAAAUGUAAUCGCCGAGCACAGCAAGCUUUUGAGACAGAUGAAAUAUUUUGCAAAGGUUCCUGCUUCAAUUAUCGAGGCUAGUUGUGUUGAAGCGGGCUUCCUUGUACGCGAGUUGUUAGAGACCACCAGGCUCGAGGAGAAAAAGAAUUACGACAAAGGAUUCGUAUCGAAGCAAGCAGUCAUUUGCAUCGCUGUCAACUACACACUGAAAGGUUGCCUGGGCAAUUACUUUGUGCUUACUAUGAUUGAGCUCAUAGAGUUGGUUUAUAACCUCGAUACUCUGCUUGAUUUAGAGCUGAUAGAUCGCUCUUCAGAGACUUUGGGUCUGUUGGAAAAGCUUGUCCAUCGGAUGUUCGCAGAUCGAACCCCCUCAAACAUUCCACAAACCGAUUUGGACGGCAAUGCUCUUACCCUGGAAACUUUUCAGGGUAAAGAGGAGGUGUAUCGAAUUAUCAAGGCAAUGGAAUCUGGCAAGAGGAAAUUCCUGGAGAACCCCCAUGUCCUGAACGCUGGUGACUAUGAGCAGAAUGACCUUCUCAUGGAACUUCGCAUUGCUUUCCUGGCUAAAAUAUCGAAAAGCCCAUCUGAUGUUGUAUGCGCCAACCCUGUGGAAAGAUAUCUACUCGAAGAGUUCAAUCGCCAUGUUGCGAUAUGGGGUCGGCUGUGGAAUGACUAUGCGGAUGUUGAGCGGGAUCGUCUCGAUUCUAACCUUAACACAUUGGAUUUUCCCGAGUUCCAGUCUUGCAUUGAGGAUGCGCGCAAAGAUACACCUGAUGAAUUGAAGAAAGGGUAUCUUUCUGUUCUUAUUCAACACGAAGAAGAUCUGGCUAAUGAGACACUGGAGCGAUUUGCUCGCGCAAUUGAGUCACGGCGGGCAAAGCCCGCUCACAUCAUUACGGGUCUUCAGUGGUACAUGGGCAUUAACCAUGCUCUUAGAGAGCUGUAUGAUGCCAGGGCCAUUUAUGCAUCUCGAUCAUAA